GCGCCUGAGAACCGCAAAGCCGAGAGAAAGAGGAGAAGCGCGCGCGCCGCAGAGGCCUACGGCGGCGGUUGGGGCGACUGACGGCUCUCCCCCGCCUCAGCCUAUCCUCGCGCUUCUCUCCCAUCGUCUCGCCAGCGCACCCAUCCUUCCCUCCCUCCCUCCCUCCGAGUCGGCUAAAAUGGCUGAUGCUGGGCAGUGAGGGAGCGCCCGGCAACGGCAAGUGGCGGUGGUUGGGGGAGGGAGAGCCCCGAUCCGAGCGCGGCGGCGCCAUGAGCGCUUUCGCCUUGGAGGAGACGCUGGAGGCGGACUGGGUGGCGGUGAGGCCUCACGCCUUCCACGAGCCGGAGAAACACAAGUUCGUCUUCAUCGCGGCCUGGAAUGAGAUCGAGGGCAAGUUCGCCAUCACCUGCCACAACCGGACGGCACAGAGGCAGCGCAGCGGCUCCCGAGAGCUGCGCCGCGCCGGCAGCAGCACCAGCAGCCCCGGCAGCAGCCCCGGCGGAGCCGAGCCGCGGAAGGCCGGCGGGAGCCCAACAGUGCGCAGGAGCCCGGCCUGGAGCCCCGAGCAGGGCCAAGCCAGGGGCUCGCCAGUUUCCCCGUCGCUGAGGAGCCGGGCGGCCGAGGUGGCGCCGAGGAGCCCGGCCAGGGCGAGGAGCAGCCCAGCCCGGAGGCCUCUGCCUGCUCCGGAGGCGCCGCUCAGCCCUGCGGCCUGCGCUGCCGAGGAGUUGGAGGUUCUGGAGCUGACGAGGGACGAGCCGGCGGGAGGCGCCGCCGUCCUCCUGCAGCCCUCCUCGCCCGCUGGGCCUCGCGCCGCCGAGCCGCCGAGCGGAGUCUCUUCGGAGCCGGAGGCACCGCCAGGGGAGGAGUGCAGCUGGGCUGGCCUCUUCUCCUUCCAGGACCUGCGGGCCGUGCACCAGCAGCUGUGCUCGGUCAAUUCCGAGCUGGAGCCCUGCCUGCCGGUCUUCCCCGAGGAGCCUUCGGGCAUGUGGACGGUGCUCUUCGGGGCGCCAGAGCUGUCCGAGCAGGAGAUGGACGUGCUGUGCUACCAGCUGCAGGUCUACCUGGGCCACUGCUUGGACACCUGCGGGUGGAAGAUCCUCUCCCAGGUACUCUUCACUGAAACCGACGACCCGGAGGAAUAUUACGAAAGCCUGAGCGAGCUGCGGCAGAAGGGCUACGAGGAGGUGCUGCAGCGGGCCCGCAAGCGCAUCCAGGAGCUCCUGGAAAAACAUAAGAAUACAGAAAGCAUGGUAGAACUGCUUGAAUUGUACCAAAUGGAAGAUGAUGCAUAUAGUAGUCUUGCUGAAGCCACCACGGAACUCUAUCAGUACUUAUUGCAGCCAUUCCGAGAUAUGAGGGAACUUGCAAUGCUCAGGAGACAGCAAAUAAAGAUUUCUAUAGAGAAUGAUUACUUAGGACCAAGAAGAAUUGAAAGUCUACAGAAAGAAGAUGCAGAUUGGCAGCGGAAGGCCCACAUGGCUGUACUUUCUAUUCAAGAUCUUACUGUGAAGUACUUUGAAAUAACAGCUAAAGCACAGAAAGCUGUUUAUGACCGAAUGCGAGCAGACCAAAAAAAGUUUGGCAAGGCUGCAUGGGCAGCAGCAGUGGAGCGGAUGGAGAAACUUCAGUAUGCAGUUUCUAAGGAGACUCUGCAACUGAUGAGAGCAAAAGAAAUCAGCCUGGAACAGAAAAAACAUGCAUUGAAGGAAGAGAUGCAGAGUUUACAAGGUGGCACAGAAGCUAUUGCCCAUUUAGACCAACUAGAAGCUGAUUAUUAUGACCUGCAACUUCAGUUAUAUGAAGUGCAGUUUGAAAUCUUGAAGUGUGAAGAACUGCUGCUGACUGCUCAACUUGAAAGUAUCAAAAGACUUAUUUCAGAAAAAAGAGAUGAAGUAGUAUAUUACGAUACAUAUGAAAGUAUGGAAGCCAUGCUUGAAAAGGAAGAUAUGGCAACAUCUAUACACUUGCAAAGAGAAGAGUUGCAGAAAUUACAACAGAAAGUGCGGCAGCUAGAAGCAAGGCGUGGGCGAAUUUCAGCCAAGAAAGCAUACCUCAGAAACAAAAAGGAGAUCUGCAUUACAAAACAUAAUGAAAAAUUUCUACAGCACCUUCAAAGUGAACAGGAGUCAAGUGCACAUGCUGGGAAGUUUAGGCGAGAGCGGUUGCAAGAUGAGGAAGAAAGAAAAAGCUCAUGGGUUAGUCAAGAGCGGCAGAAAACGUUGGAUAGACUUCGAACAUUUAAGCAGCGCUACCCUGGUCAGGUAAUACUCAAAUCAACCAGACUCCGACUAGCCCACUCAAGAAGAAAAAGUACAGCCAGUUCAAUAUCAUGUGCUGAUCAUCCCCUGUCUUUACCAGUAACCACACAGACUGAUGAGAGGCCCCAAGAAGUGGAGCCAGAAAAUAUAACCCAGCCUUUACAGAUCCGUGAGCCUAAGAAUCUAGGAGAAUCUGAAAAUCCUUCUUUACCUCCCUGCGAUGUUACCUCUGAAUUUUCUCAAACUACUUCUCUUCUGGCUGAACUUCACCCUGACAUUGUCAGCGAAGCACCGCUUCCUCUUCCACUGCCACCGCCCCCGCCACCACCUUUGCCCACCAAGGAGGAAUUUACUCAGUGCUCUGAAAAAAGCAGUAGCCCUGUUAAACAGGACAGCAUGGAGAAGCCAGCCCUGCUGAGCACCAUUGCACCAUCAGCUCAUUUCUUUGAUAGCAGCCAGUUAGUUAAUGCCAAGAAGAAGCUAAAGAAGACUGGUGAUAUAGAAGGAUUGCAGAGGAGAAGAGUGAGUUCACCAAUGGAUGAAGUGUUGGCUUCUUUGAAGCGUGGAAGCUUCCACCUGAGGAAAGUUGAACAGAGAAACCUUCCUCCUUUCCCAGACGAAGAUGACAGCAAUAACAUCCUGGCACAGAUAAGAAAAGGAGUGAAGCUGAAGAAGGUGCAAAAGGACCUCAUGAGAGAGUCAUUCACAAUUCUGCCUGAUGAUGAUCCUUUGACACGCAGCAUCCAUGAAGCACUACGACGAAUUAAGGAGGCAUCGCCAGAGUCAGAAGAUGAGGAGGAAAACCUGCCUUGCACAGACUGGGAAAAUUAAGGUGCUAAGGAUUCCACAAGAUACGAUUUUCCUUUCACUUUUGAACAUUCUGAAAUCAUCAGUUUGAUCACCAACUUCAGUCGGGGAAAGGCUCACUCUGAUAAACUAUUUGAUAUGUAUAUAAGAGCCUGAAUACAUUUUUUCAAUUCAUGGUAGAAGAUUGUGGUUGGCCCAAACACUACCUUAUUUAGAUGUGCAUUUUAUGUAACAUUAAGAAGAGUGAGCCCUUCCAAGAUAUUUUCUAGCUCUUCAUUCACUUUUUAUAUUUGUGUGAUAUACAGUUAAGUAGCAGCUAUUGCAACAAAGCUUCUUCCUAACUUUAGUUACCAGGGCAGGUAUGAAAACCUGCCCUUUGGUUCACCGAAGACUUCAUCUGUUUAAGAAACAAAUCACUACGUUCACAUCAGCUUCUUUACACAAUAGCACGAUUACCUAAAGUUUAUCACUGUUAUUUUUCAUGCAGGAGGUAGAUUUCAGUGAAAUUAUGCAUUUGUUAAUUAUUCUAAAUACAAAGGGUAAGAUGGUUUGAAAAUGAAAGCAGAUGGCUAUACAGAGUAAUGGAAAGUACCUUAAAAGUGGAAGGCGUGUAUUUAAGAAUGUAUUUGUUUACAGACUAGUACAUUUAGAAACCCUUUAGAAAGACAUGUAUACUGUAUACACAUUAUAUUUUUAAAUUAAAAUUUUCCUUGCUCUUAUGAAUAGCAAUGUUUUAC